AUGAUUGGUUCGAGGGAUAUUUCGGACCAUUGUCCGGUUUGGUUGAUUAUUAAUAAAGAGGAUUGGGGACCCAAACCGUUUUUGUUUAACAAUGAGUGGUUCUCCGAUAAAGACUUUAUUCCUUUUGUUAAAAAAGAAUGGUUGGCUUUGAAGUUAAAUGGGAGAGGGGACUUUGUUUUGAAAGAGAAACUUCGUCUUAUCAAGGAUAGGUUGACAUGGUGGAAUAAAAACAUUUUUGGUAAGUAUGACUUGGAAGUAGAGGAAGGUGUUAGGGUCUUGAACGCUUCGGAUGAUAAUGAGGGAUGGGAUGAAGAGGAGCAAGCUAGAAAAUCAAUGGCUAGUAAGAAGAUUUGGUUGAACCUUAAGAUUAAGGAGAAUAUGCUUAUUCAAAAGGCUAAACUAAAGUGGUUAAAUGAUGGUGAUAACAAUAGCAAGUAUUUUCAUAGAGUUUUGAAGGAUAGGAGGAAUAGGAAUCAUAUAAGCAAUAUAAGUACAAGCGGAGGUUUGGUGGAAUCGGUCAAGGAGGUCAAGGAGGCGGUUAAAACACACUUUGAAGAAAAAUUUAAAGAAGAGAUUUAUGAUAGACCAACCUUAGACGGCAUAUUUCUUAGCUCUUUGAGUUUGGAAGAAAGGAGUGGUUUGGAGGAUCCUUUUACGGAAUUAGAGGUCAAGGAGGCGGUGUGGAAUUGUGAUGGUUCUAAGAGUCCGGGUCCGGAUGGUUUCUCUCUCUUAUUUUUCAAGAGAUGUUGA